UCCUGUGGUUUAAUGUUUCUACUCUUUCUUUUUCUCUCUUGUUCAUAUUAAAGCCAAGAGUGAACUGAAGAGCAAUACAAGGACUGGUAGUGAAAAUGGACAGAGACAUAGAACUUGAGGAGAACCCAAGAAAGGGUGGUCUUAGAACAAUGCCUUUCAUCAUUGUAAAUGAAUCAUUUGAGAGGGUGGCAAGUUAUGGCUUACAAACAAACAUGAUAAUCUACUUGAUGACAUUUUAUCAAAUGAGUGCUGCCACUGGAGCUAGCAUUCUUGGAAUAUGGACUGCACUUUCAAAUGGUUUGGCCAUUGUUGGGGCCAUUAUUUCUGAUUCUUACUUGGGUCGGUUCAGGGCUGUUGCCAUUGGAUCCAUCUUCACUCUUAUUGGAAUGAUUAUUCUUUGGCUCACUGCAAUGAUUCCACAACUCAAGUCCUUACCCUGCUCUCAGUUUCAACAUGUUUGUAAUGGAGCAACAGCAGUCCAACUUGCGGUUCUAUUUUCAUCUUUUGGGUUUAUGUCCAUUGGAGCUGGUUUUGUUAGGCCUUGUUCUAUAAUUUUCGGUGCCGAUCAAUUGGAAAAAAAUGAGAACCCCGAGAACCAGAGGCUUGUUGAUAGCUACUUCAACUGGUACUAUGCUAGCAUAGGGAUUUCAACAAUUUUUGCAGUUACCAUUAUUGUUUACAUUCAAGAUCGUUAUGGAUGGCAAGUUGGAUUUGGUAUCCCUGUUAUCCUCAUGUUUUUCUCUGUGUCGAUGUUCCUAAUCGGUUCUCCUCUUUAUAUCAAAGUGAAAGCUAAAGAAAGCUUGCUCAUAGGAUUGCUUCAAGCAGUUGUGGCAGCUUUUAGGAAAAGACAUACCAGUCUUCCAUUGACUGAUUGUGAUGACUGCUAUCAUCGGCCACUUGAAUCAACUCUCCUGGCACCGUCAAAUGACUUCAGGUGUUUAAAUAGAGCGUGUAUGAUUCAAGAUCCUCAAAGAGACUUAAAUCCUGAUGGAUCAGCUUCAAAUCCGUGGUCUCUCUGCAGUGUGGAACAAGUGGAGUCAUUGAAAGCUCUUGUCAGAGUACUUCCUAUGUGGACCACUGGCAUUAUGAUUUUUGUGACCACGAGCCAAUUCUCAUUUUCCGUACUCCAAACAAAGACAAUGGAUAGACAUAUCUUCCCUCAAUUUGAAAUACCAGCAGCAUCCUUCAGCGUGUUCAUGAUUAUUGCAUUAACAAUCUGGAUUACCUUCUAUGAUCGUGUUUUGGUGCCUUUACUAUCAAAAUAUACUGGACUGCCAAGAGGGUUAAGUCCUAUCACCCGAAUGGGGAUUGGCUUAAUUGUCUCCUGUAUAUCAAUGGCAUUGUCAGCAAUAACAGAAAGUAUAAGACGACAAAGGGCAAUAGAGGAAGGGCAUGAUGACGACCCAAGUGCUUUAGUGAACAUGUCAGCUAUGUGGCUCGUGCCACAGUAUGCACUACUCGGAGUGGCUGAAGCUGCCCAUGCAGUUGGACAAAUUGAGUUCUUCUACUCUUUGCUACCCAAAAGCAUGUCCAGCAUUGCAUCAGCUAUGUACACAAUUGGUACUGCUGUGUCGAGUUUGGUUGGAAGUGUUCUGGUGAGUGGGGUGGAUAGGCUUACAUCAAUUGGAGGUAAAACGAGCUGGCUUUCGAGCAACAUUAAUAGGGGUCACCUGGAUUACUGUUUCUGGCUACUUGCUUUUUUAAGUUUGCUCAACUUCUUCUAUUUUCUGGUCGUCUGCCGGUAUUAUGAACCUGGCAAUGAUAGGAGCUGUAGGUUAUCUCAUGAGUCAGAAGAGAAACGAUGUAAUUAUAGGCUUUUACCUGAAUCUUGAUGAUAUGCUGUACAGUACCGCUGAAUAAUGAACUACGUACUAUUUUUAA